CACGUUUCCAAUAUUCACUAUCCCUUCAUUCAGAAGCUGCCAGAAGUUGACAGUUCAAACAGAACCAGAUGGUGAUACUUGAUGUGUUAAUAAUAGGGGGUGGGCCUCACGCCUUGACCCUGGCUAGCUUGCUAUCCAACCCUGACCCAAACUCAGAUCCUGGGCAGGACUCAUCCCCUUCUCCCUCCUGCUUGGACCCUCUGAGACUUCAGCCAAACCCAAAAACAUCCAACAACAAACGAUACAGUGGCAAGAAGAAGAGGAGGGUAACAGCUGUCUCUGCAGGGCUGACGCUGGAGGAACAACUAGCAAAGUCAACGAUAUCAGAGAGAAUCCUUUGCCCACCGCUUAGUCUCCGUGUGGUGGAUUCUUACGGAGAGUGGACGACUUUGUGGGAGAGCCAGUUCACAGCUCUAAACAUCCCUCAUCUGCGCUCACACACACUGGUGCACACAGACCCUCUCAACAAGAAAGCACUGCAGGAGUUUGUUUUAAAGCAUGAUCGAUCUGCGGAGCUUCACAGUCUUCCAGACCAGGUUUACAUUCUGGACGAAAACGCUUACUUCAAUGACAUGCGGCUCGGCAAGAAAGAGAAGAAACGUCUAAACAUUAACUCAACACUCAAGAAGAGUUUGUCCUUCAGUCUCCCAGGAACCAAACUAAGUGUGGAUUUCUUUAAAGAUCAGGUGGAGAGAUACAGCUUGAACAAAGUGCUUGCUAAGGGAACAGUGGCGCACAUCACCCCUGUGACUGAGGAUGAGGACGGGAGUGAAGAGGAGAGUGACUGUAUGAGAGAGGGCGAAACAAAGAAUUUGGCCAUGAGAGUGACUGAUAGAAAAGGAGAUGGGGCAAGAAAGAGGGUAAAAUAUUUUGAAGUACAACUUCAAGAAGGGGUCAUCCUAAAAGCCCACCAGGUCGUUAUGGCAACAGGUCCAACUCGUGCCCAGAUGGCAAACAUCCCCUCAUGGGUAACAAGUAUUGGAGAGAGCUACCCAGAGGAGCGCUUGCAGCACACCGUGCACCUCAUGCACCAUCUACCAAUUGCUCAGCAAAAACUUAAAGAAUACUGUAUGCGUAUGUGUGUAGUGUGUGAGGCAGGGCAGAGAGUAAUGGUAGUUGGUGGAGGUCUGACCAGCGCUCAUGUCGUCUCAAUUGCCCUGCAGCAAGGUGCCAGCCAUGUGACAUGGGUCAUGAGGAAGCACCUCCAGUUGAAGCAGUUUGAUGUGGGCGAUGUGGAGAGCCUGGUGGGUCGUUAUUCGCACGUGGAACAUGGCAUCAAGAUGGAUGGCCAAGCCUACCUAAGACAGUUCUAUAAUGAAAGGAGUCUUCAUAAACGGCUGGCUAUGAUUCGCCAGGCAAGGAAAGGAGGAGCUGUCACCCCAGAGGCCUACAUCCACCUACAGCCAUUCAUACUGAAAGGGCAGGUGGAUGUUAAGACAUACUGUCAGGUUAGUGAAGCCAGCUGGUGCUACAGGAGCCAGGCCUGGAGCCUCUCCCUCAGCACCGGGCACCACUGGACUGGAGAUAUGAUCUGGCUUGCCACUGGGUGCAAACUUGAUGUCAAACAGGACCCGUUGCUUUCUGAGGUGAUGAAGGAAUUCCCCAUUCAGGUGAUAGAUGGUUGGCCGUGUAUAUCAGAAAGCUUACAGUGGGCAGAAGGAUGCCCUCUCUAUCUGAUGGGGCAGUACACCGCUCUUCAGGUUGGACCACACGCAGUAAACCUGGCUGGUGGACAGGCAGCCAGUAUGAGAAUCGCCAAGGACAUUUUGCGGCAACAGAAGAACGUAGAGGCGUCUGAGCUGAGUGGUGGGAAAUCUAAAACUGAAGAAUAUAUACAACAAAUGCAAGGCCUAUUGUGGCUUUAACUUUGCCAUUUAGCCCGAGCAACUCAUAUGCAUAAUGUGUGUGAGCGCUGUCAUCAGUUCCUGAUCAUCCUGGUCUAGUGGGACUUGAUGAUGAUGUGGCUGUGAAACUGACUCAUCUGGGGAACUAUAACAACAAUCUCAACUCAGAGUGGAUCAUGACUAGGACCAUUUUAAACUCAAUUUGAAACAUUUUUAAAAGAGGGAUCAGUCAUGUAAUCCUGAGUGAUCUGGUGCUUUUCAUAUUAUGAUUCAUUUAUUGUAUCUGUUUCGUGUGUAUUUUCUUGUUCAGUGUGUUUUGUGCUUUAGUGUACUGUAUUGUUGAGUUUUGUGUAUUGUGCUGUCCCAUAUCAUAUUUUAUUGUUGGGUUUUAUGUAUUUUAAAGGUCCAUCUAGGGACAAAAUUAGCUCGCAAAUUAGCUAUAAAUAUAAAUGCUGUGGUUUGUGGCAUUAGUUCAUGUGAUAUACUUGUCCCUAUACAAA